CUCCGAUAUCGUGAAAAGGGGGGGGGGCUACCAACACCAAAUGAAGUUCCCGUUACCCCGUAACAUCUUCCCCACCGUGGAGCUGCCUCUCGACGAAGCUGAAGCGUUGGAAGCAUACGCGACCAGCGUGGUGCGCGAAACGCGCGACUACUACCACACCUUCUUGACGACAGGUCGUGGACAGGUUGAUACGAGUCAAUGGAAGAAGCUCAACCAGCAGGACAAGUUCACACUUUACAAGCAGCGCGGCGCGGCAGCGGCUGAACGGAGAAGCGCGUCGGGGCUACGAGACCCCCAGCGAGGCAAUGAGGUGGUCCCCCUCAUGUUAGCAGUGGGGAGUCUGGACGGGACUGUCGAGGACUGUAUGCUCGGCCUCCGAACCCCUACCGGUCGUAGUAUGCAGCUCAAAAGUGCCGUCGUCGAGGACGGAUACGUCGAUUGGGCAGUACUAACGCAGCUCGUCAAACCCACGCCGUCCCAACCGUUCCACGAGAUAUCGGGGGGCAGAAAAGCUCACCCGUUCUUUGUCGGGACAGUCAUGCGAGUGCGAGACAUCGUGUACCUCGAGACCACGGGGUUCAUUACGAUCAAAGGUCCCGAUGGACGGAAGCAACCGUUAGGAUACCACUUAAAACAUUCCGUAGAUCUCCCGGAGGUACGCGAGUUGACGGAGUUCAACGUUGUACGCGCUAAACUGUCCUACUGCUAUCUGUAUCGACAACGUUCGGAGCGUGAGGUGGACGUCUUCCUGCGUGGCUUCGUGUGUGCUAUGGGCGAAGCGCCGGAAUCUCUGGUCGUGUCCACCGUCACCGAGAUCGUCAUGUCCAUCCCAAAGAACCUGGCAUGUGCCAAGAUGUAUAAGCUGGCGUAUCUCCUCAAGCACGCUAGUCCUCCCGUAAAGUCUCAACGAGGCUGUAAAGUGUGUUCCUUAUGUAACCGAACAGUCAAACCAGCAGCGCUAGGAGACAUCCACAAGAUCUGUUGUGUGUGUUGCGCACGGGUGUGUGCAGGCUGUCGUGUGGCUCACAAGAUGGUCAAGAUCUCGCCGUACAAACCAGGCGUAAUCUCCGAGAAAAUGGCAGUCUGUGGGCGUUGCACUCGCGCAGCUGCUGAGCUUAGUGCAUCGCUUGUGGCCGCGCACUCGGUACGAGAUGCCGACGUGGAAUCCUUGCCGGAACACGACGUUCUGCUUUGGAAUGUCGACGUCUCCAGCUCGAACUCGCAGUCGUCGUCUGCACACAGUAACAAUGACCGUAAUACCCCGUAA